GGCGCUGCAAUUGGAACUCGACGACUGCAACACAGAAAAGGCGGCAACAUUUACGGGUAUGAAUCGCUUCUACCAAUCGCUUUACUCCCCCAAGUUUCCAUCUUAAGAUAUCAGAGCAGGAGCUUAAUGGAGCACGAUCCAUGUUUUUGCAGUCAAAUGGAGCGUUCUCAAGACCGUUAAUGUAAUUGGCUUAGAUGUUUAUGUUGACAAUUCGAACGUCUAGUACAAGGACCAUAUCGAUUCACUUUAUUUAGCCGAUGGACUCGAGAGACAAUAAAGUAGCACCCCAAGGUGAGACGGUUAAGAUUCUAGUUGAGUUCUUGGAGGUGGCCAUUACAUCAAUUGUCUUCCUCAAAGGCAUUUAUCCAUCGGGUGCUUUUGAAAGAAGAAGGUACAUGAAUGCGGUUGUGCAGAGGGCUCGUCAUCCUGAGCUGCAGGAUUACAUCCACUCAACUGUUUCAGGGCUACUUCCUUUCAUCCAAAAGGGACUGGUGGAGAGAGUGGCAGUUAUAUUUUUCAACGGGGAAAAUAUCCAAGUCGAAAGAUUUGUUUUCAAGCUCAUAGUGAACCAGUCUUAUGAAUCAAAGGUCGAAAAUUCCGACCUGGAGUUCGCCUUAAGGUCAUUCUUGAUCAAGCUAUCUGUCACGGAGCCUCUAACCAAGACUCUUCCGCCUGACUGCAAAUGGGAAAUAACUGCCUACUUCCAAACCCUCCCAAGUUCUGGUACAAGUAAAGAUGCAGAGUUAUGGAUCCCAACGGAUACCAAACAAUGGCAACAACCACCAAUAAUCACCCCCAUCAAGUCCAUGAACAGCCAACCUCUGAGUUUGCAGUUAUAUCUAGAACAUCCUAGCUUAUCUGAGCCAAAACCAUGUGAAUAAAUGUGCAUUAUUGUGAAAAGUUUUUGAGCUUGUAUUCUAGCUCUUCUAUACACUACAUAAUAUGUAUGAACUCAUACAACAAUUAUUCCUCUACCAAAAAUGUUUAGAAGCCUCAAAGCGUUCUGAUACUA